AUGGGGAAAGACAGACUUCCGCAUUUGUGGUUCAUGCUACUUGUUGUCCUGUUUCCUGCCAGUGACUCAGACUCUACAGAACCGCAGUAUAUGAUGCUGGUCCCCUUUCUGCUCCACACUGUGACCCCUGAGAAGGGCUGCCUCCUUCUGAGCCACCUGAAUGAGACAGUGACAGUCAGUGCUUCCUUGGAGUCUGUCAGGGGGAACAGGAGCCUCUUCACUGAGCUGGUCGUGGAGCAGGAUUUAUUCCGCUGCGUCUCCUUCACUCUCCCAAGGAUCUCAUCCCCAUCAGAGGUGGCAUUCCUCACUGUCCAGAUAAAGCGACCUACACGAGAUUUCAGGAAAAGGAACACAGUGCUGGUAAAGAACGCUCACAGUCAGAUCUUUGUCCAGACCGACGAACCCAUCUAUGAGCCAGGACAGACAGGUACAUUCCAUGUUGUCUCCAUGGAUGAAAAUUUUCACCCCCAAAAUGAACUGGUCAAAGUUCAUGUGCCAAAGAUAAUCAGUAUCCUGGAUGAAAAAGUGCACAUGUUAGUAUGUGGGAUAUACACCUACAGGAAGACUGUCCCAGUACUUGCAAUGGUGAGCAUGUGCAGAAAAGUACUUCAUGUUCCUACCUGUCACAAGCAAGAGUUCUGUGAGAAAUUCAGCCAACAGCUCAACGGUAAUGGCUGCAUCACCCAACAAGUAAAAACAAAUUUGCUCCAGACUAAAAAUAUGGGCUAUGAGAUGAAACUUAGAGUGGAAGCCAAGAUCAGAGAAGAGAGAACAGGUUUAAACCUGACAUUUACUGGAAAUGGGACCAGUGAAGUCACAAACAUUGUAACCAAACUCAUAUUUGUGAAAGCAGAUUCACACUUUAGACGAGGAAUCCCCUUUUUGGACAG